AUGUUUUGGUGGUGGGAUUCGAAAUAUUGGUUGCCACGUGGCGUCACGUGGGAGGCGAUGACCAACAAAACGGCGCCAAUUGGGUCAAUUUAUCCAAAUUUUCACGAUUUGUCAUAUUUGCUGAUUACUGGUGUUGCAUUGAUUGUGAGUUUUUUCACGCCAAUUUUUUUUCAGAACGAUUAAAAAAUUUUUUUUUUAGGUUUAUCGUCUUGUUUUUGAAAACUAUAUUUUUGUCCCAGCUGCAUAUUUUUUGAGCCGCAAAAAUCCGCCAGAGACUAGACGUAAGUUUUUUAGUUUGAAUGAAUUGAAAAUGCAAAAAAAUUGGAGGGGAAAUGAAAUUGGAUAUUUUGAAUGAAGAAUUUUUGAAAAGUGGUAGAGAAUUCAGGAAAUUUCACAAGGAACUUUAGAAUCAGGAGAAUCUGAAUGUGAUAAAUUCUGAAAACUGGAAACGGAUUUCAAGGCAUUGGUUUUUGAAAAUCUCAUUUCACAUGAAAAAAUCUAGUUUUGAACACAGCCCGCUGGCAAAAUAUUAAAUUUCAAAUUUCCGAAUGAAAAAAUUGUUUUAGAAUUUUUAAAUGUUCUUUUUAAAAUCUCUAAAUUCAAAUUUCUGAUGAACUAAAAUAAAAAUCUGAGAGUUCGAUAGAUUUGGGCCAAUUUUUCGAGAAUCCUUGAAAAACCAAUAUUUCUUGAAAAUCGGUACCAAAAUUAAUUACAAAAUUUUUUGGAAAAUGAAAUUUUUUCAGAAAAUGAAAUUUUACAAAAUUCUAUUCAAAAUGACUUUUCAAAUAUCAGACUAAUUUUCCAGAAGAAAUGUUGGAUCGUGAGAAAAAAUACAGUCGAAUGGCCGAAUGUGCAAUGAGAUGUUUAUAUUAUUUGAUCUCAUUUUCCAGCGGGUAAGUUUUUUUUUAUCAAAAUUCAACUCAACAUUUUUUUCUCAGAUUAUACCUAGUGUCUCAUGAAUCACAUCUCUAUGAUAUCACCGAAUGUUGGAAAAACUGGCCAUUUCAUCCGAUUCCAAAACCAAUCGCCUGGUUUUAUUAUAUUCAAGGAGGAUUUUAUAUCUCAUUGAUUUUUGGGUAGGAUUUUGUAGAUCAUAAAACAGACUUCAAAUCAAUUUUUCACGUUCAGAAUCCUAUUCCUUGACGCAAAACGCAGUGACUUCUAUCAAAUGCUCACACAUCAUUUCAUCACAUUGUUACUUAUCGGAACUUCGUGGACAAUGAAUAUGGUUCGAGUUGGAACACUAAUUCUGGUCAGCCACGAUGCUGUUGAUAUUUUAAUGUGAGUUUUUGAUUGGAAUUCAUCAAAGUUAUCAAAACUUGAAAAACCAAAGUUUUACCAAUGAAUCGGAAAUUUGAUUUUGAUGUUCUAUGAAUAACAAAGUGGAAAAUUCAUCUAUUUCCGGUAUAAAUUUGCAGAUUUGAAAUGUCGGGAAAUAUUCAGAUUGUAAAAGAAUAUGUUGGGGGAAAACUUUAGAAUUUUUAGCUUCACAAUUAUUUCAAAAAUAUUUAAUCUAGAAUUUUUAUUUAUUUAAAGGGGGAUAGGAGUUACGGAAACUAUGUAAUUCAAAGGCAUCUUGAAAAGCACUGAAAUAUUUAGGAAAAAAAUCUAGCUUUUGUGAUGUCCAGGUUUCUGUUAGUUUUUUUUUUGAAUCUGUGACAAUCCCAAAAGUUCUGAAAAAUGAAUUCUUCUUGAAAAAUUUUUCAUUCAAGAUAAAUUUGAAUUCACAUGAAGAAUGUUUUCUUGAAUUUUUCUAAAAAAAUUUUAAAUAAAAAAUGAAUAAAAUUUAAAAUCAGAGAGAUUCAAAAACAAAAAAAUUAUGAAUAUUUCGCAAUAUAAGUAAUAUUCAAAUUAUUUUCUCAAUGCUCUGUGUCUCUGACUAACCUAGAAAAAAAGAGUGUGCAAGAAAAAGAGGUGAUAGAGAAAGAGAAAAUCCACAAUCAGCUAAUUUUUCCAGCGAUCUCGCCAAACUCUUCCGCUAUGAACAAAUGGAAACAUGCCUCUCCAUCACAUUCGCCGGUGUUCUCCUCGUUUGGGUCCUGACACGAUUGGUAUACUUUCCAUUUGUUGUCAUCCGAUCGGUUUGGUUCGAUGCUCCGGCUUUGAUUCAAGAAGAUUAUGUUUGGAUGAAUUUUGGACAACAACCGAUGGCUCCACGGUUUAUCAUGAUUUUGUUGACCGCUCUUUUGGUGCUACACAUUUUCUGGUGCUAUAUUUUGUUCAAGGUGAGGGUUUGGGGAACUUUUUUGUUGGGAAACGAAAAAAAUUGUUGUGUUUGUGAAAAAAUAUAAUGAGAGAAUAUGGAAUUGUCUGAAGUUUUAAAGAUUAAAAUUUUAAAAAUAUGAAAUUAAAUUUUCCAAAAAUUUCCCAUCAUCUCAUAUCAUUCCAGAUUGCCUACGAUUCAAUAAACGAAGGAGUUCUCGACGAUCUUCGUGAAGAUUUCGACGAAGUCUCAAAAUGUAAUCGUGAAAAAGCUCAAGAAAACUCUAGGAAAAAUAAGGACGACUAA